CGGAGAAGCAGAAGAUCAGAGCUCUUGUACAGCGUUGUUGAUGUUGGAGAUGCAGAACGGAUGAAUGGAGGUCUGUGUGGAGAGAAGCAGGAGCUCCUCGUGGUGAAGAAAUGACUGCUGUCCAAUUAAAAGUCUUCUCCUGUUCCUGGUGUCCACCUUGCUACACAGUUCAAUGCCACAAGCACAUCGGUAGACACCAGAGUAAUGUAUCAAACUGGUGAGAUGAGGUGAAAUUAAAUGUGAAAAUAUGGAAUCCGGAAGAAGUCCUGAGCAAACCUCCUCUAGCUCGCUCUACAGUUACAAAUCUCUCAGAUGCACAAAGCAAAAUGCAGUCAAGGAGAGAAUCCACCACUGUCCAGACUGUGGGAAGAGCUUUACUCAUCAGAGUCACCUCCAAAGACACCAGCGCAUCCACACUGGAGAGAAACCAUAUCGCUGCUUAGACUGUGGGAAGAGUUUUACUCAGCAGAGUAAUCUCCAGGAUCACCAGCGCGUCCACACAGGAGAGAAACCGUAUUACUGCUCGGAGUGCGGGAAGAGCUUCUCUCGGCACAGCCAUCUCCAAGAUCACCAGCGCAUUCACACAGGAGAGAAACCGUAUUACUGCUUAAAUUGCGAAAAGAGAUUUACUCAGCACAGCCAUCUCCUGCAGCACCAGCGCGUUCACACGGGAGAGAAGCCGUAUUGUUGCUCAGAGUGUGGACGGAGGUUUAGUGACAGAGGUACUCUCAAAACACACCGCUACAUACACACAGGAGAGAAGCCGUAUCAGUGCUCGGAGUGUGGGAAGAGCUUCAAUCAGCAGAGCAACCUCCAAAAACACCAGUAUGUCCACACAGGAGAGAAGCCGUAUGUCUGCUCAGAGUGUGGGAAGAGGUUCACUCGACAGAGUCGUCUUCAAGAACACCAGUACAUCCACACGGGAGAGAAACCGUUUCAUUGUUCUGAGUGUGGAAAGAGCUUUAAUCAGCAAGUUCAUCUCCAAACACACCAGCGCAUCCACACAGGGGAGAAAUCCUAUUACUGCGCAGACUGUGGGCGGAGCUUUAGGCACUCGAAUACUUUAAAGAUACAUAAAUGCACUAAGACCAUGGAGAGAGCCCACCACUGCUCUGAGUGUGGGAAGAGUUUCAGAAACGGAGAUACACUCAAAACACACCAGCGCAUCCACACAGGAGAGAAACCGUUUGACUGCUCAGACUGUGGGAGGAGCUUUGCCCAGCAGAGUGAUCUCCAAAAACACAAACGAAUUCACACAGGAGAGAAGCCGUAUCACUGCUCGGACUGUGGGAAGAGCUUUACUGUAAACAGCAGCCUCCGAAAACACAAACGCAUCCACACUGGAGAGAAGCCAUUUCACUGCUUGGAGUGUGGAAAGAGCUUCACCCAACACAGUGAUCUCCAAAAACACAGACGCCUUCACACAGGAGAGAAGCCGUAUUACUGCUCAGACUGUGGGAGGAGUUUCACUCAGCAGAGCACUCUGCAAAUACACAAGCGCGUUCACACAGAAGAAAAGCCGUUUCACUGCUCUGAGUGUGGGAAGAGUUUUGCCCAGCAGGCUAAUCUCCAAAUACACCAGCGCAUUCACACCGGAGAGAAACCGUAUUACUGCUCAGACUGUGAGAAGAGUUUUCGGCACUGUAAUACUUUAAAACUGCAUAAAUGCACCACCAGAGGGGUGACGGGUUGAAUUUGUCAAAUCAGAACACAAUUUUCAUGAUUAGUUUUAUGAUCAAGUGGAUUCCACUAAGAUGGAUUUCUCAGUUAGCCAGAGAACUUAAGCCUAAAGAUGAGGAUUGUCCAAUGGGAAUGUCCCUCACCUUUCUUCCUGUUGGACAAGCUUAACUUUGAGCUUAAGUUAUCUGGGUAAACAGAAUUCUUGUGAAACACCCCAUGGGUUACCAUGAAUGAUGUCUGUAUAAUCUGUGCGUUUCUUUGUUAUUCUCUUAUUUUCUGAACACCACAAAAUGGGCUUAGAGUGUGAUUACUCCGUAAGAAGGGUUCUAGUGUGUAGAUGAAGACUUGUUCACCUUCAUCUCCAGACUUUGCUGGGAGACAUGGCGAUGCUGCCUAAGGUCAUGGAUUUGGAAUGAAGUGAUUUUGGUGAGUUUAUUCAGGAUCAUUGAGGUCUUGGACCUGACUGAGAAUGACCGCAGCAGACGUCACCAGGAUGUGUGUCAGUGACACCCAAAAACGUCUUUGUUGACUGACCUUAUUCAGUGAAAUUGCAUCUAGGUAAAAAUCUGUGUGUGAACCAGUCCUGUAUUCACCAUCAUAGCUUUUUCGGUAGCAGUGAAUUAGUAAUUAUAAGCCUAACUUUUCUGAUUUGAAUAGAGUUACUGAGUGUGCUUAGUGAGAGACCCGUGGGAGCUUUCCUUCUUAGUAAUACUGUUACGACCUCUGGUCGCAAUAGCCUGUCUUUAUGUCUGUCUGCUGCCAUUUUGUGGGUUCCUUUUGUUGUUGUAUUAUGUGCAAGUAGAUUCACUUGGGGUGCCCUCCUGUAUAUAAGAGGCAUUACGAAAGUAGACAUGACCUGGAAGAACACCUGUCCAGGCCAGCCUGGCACUCUCCACUCCACUCCACUUUGCUUCCUUUGUUAAAUUUUGUGAAAACUUUGUUAGAGUCUGUGAAACACUCCUUGAAUGUUUGGGAAGUAGGGGAUGAGUGCCAUUUGGUUUGAUUAUCCCUUUUCUGUUGUUUUAAAAUUUUGUCUUUUGUUUAUUUUAUUUAGUCAGCUUUGGAAUCAUUAGUUGUUUUGUUUUAUUAUUUUCCUGAAUGCUCGUCCCCGAAGCUACAUUUCCCCUAUGGCAGUUACCAACUUCAAUAAAACUGUAUUGUUUUAGUUACAACAGUGUCCAGUGUUUGGUCUGGGGAGAGAGCCCACUCUCAAGCUCUGUUACAGCCUAAUGAUAGACCGGGUCAUAACAAUUUUGAAUGUUGAGUCUUCAGGGGGUGUUUUACAAAGCAG